GGAAUAUUUUGAACGUUUCCUACAUUUAUUUUGUACUUUUCUAUGUUAUUGGUUCUCGUUGUCGAAAAAAGGAUUGGUCGUGUCAGUGCGUGAUAAUUAAUUUUAAUUUAUCAAUUAGUUGUGAUUUGUGUUGUAUACGUCAUUGGAUAAUCACAUCUCAUUAAAUCAGUAAGUUUGGUAGGAUGGAUGCUUCAUAUCAAGGCGGCGUGACCUACGAAGACAGGGGCGAGAGCUUCCAGCAGUUGUCGUCGACGAUAGCCAGUAAUAUAAAGAAAAUAUCACAAAAUGUAUCCUCAAUGUCAAAGAUGGUCAACCAGCUGCAGACUCCUCAAGACUCCCAGGAGCUUCGCAAUCAACUGCGUCAGAUCCAGAAUUACACCCAAAAGAUGGCCAAAGACACGUCCUCGAUGAUCAUGGACCUUAUGAAGAUGCCGGUGGAGCAGCCCGCGGGCAAGCUGACCAGAGAGCGGCUCAGCGACGAGUACAUGGCCACACUCAACGCCUUCCAGGCGACACAAAAAUCAGCUGCUGCGAAGACGAAAGAGGAUGUGCGAAAAGUGAAGGCCCAGAGCGCCACGAUCAACAUUGGGGAUCCGUUUGGCAUGUCCGGGCGCAGCAACGACCUGGUAGAAAUGGACGACAAGAACACGCGCCGGCAGGAGCAAAUGACGAUGCAGACCGAGCAGGACCUGCAGCAGUUAGAGGAGCGCGAGCGGGACAUUAGGCAGCUUGAGAGUGACAUCCUAGAUGUGAACCAAAUAUUCAAAGAACUGGGUACCAUGAUCCACGACCAAGGCCAAGUUGUGGACUCCAUCGAGUCGAGCGUCGAGUUCACCGCCCACAACGUGGAGGCCGCCACGGCGGAGCUCCGACAGGCCUCCAACUACAAGAAUAAGCUGCGAAAGAAGAAAGUUUAUAUCGCGAUUAUCCUCAUAGUGAUCGUCUCAAUUAUUCUAAUAAUUAUAUUUAACCGUUAACGUCCUUUUGAUAAUCUAAUAUUGUUAAUGAUUUAAAUAGGAAAAUUAUAUUACUGUGGUAAAGUUCUUUAAAAACGCAUUCUCUAUUUCAAAAGAGCAUUGGCUACGAUUAUGAGUCGACAGAUUAGCAAUUUGCACAUAGCAUGUAAACUAUAAAGAUUUUAUCACUUUACGUUGGUAACGUAUUAUUUUUAAAUUUGAUUUGAUUUGUUAAAUAUAGAUAAGGCUGUAUUGCAUGCCUUAGGACUAACGACACAUUUACUCAGCAAAACUUUACGGGGUAACAUGAACAUAUGUGUUUUAUAUCAAAGACACUGCAUACUACUUACCCCGGUGGGGUAAGACUAGAAUAUGCUGAAACAAACCCAACUUGUCAGUAGUAAAAGGCGCGAAAUUAUUUUUUUUUAUGGGAAGUCGACACUUUUUCUACUGACAAGCUAGUGCUGUGUCUGAGUUUACAUUAAGUUUAUAAAAAAUCUCAUUUAUAGGAAGGUUCACACGAGAGUUUUUGACGUUCGAAAACCAAUCUUUUGCCGAUCAUCAAAGAAAAUUUUGUAGCCAAAGUAAAUUUUCUGCCAUCUUUCGACACAUGAUUAAAACUUAUAGAACGCCAUUGUACUUUCACUGAUAUGUGUUAAAUUUGUUAAAUAUCAAAAAGUGGCGCCAUCUAAUAGAUCAAACCACCAGUAUGGCGGCAUCGUUUCGAGCAUUGGCGCCACAACCUUGAACGAUGCCCGGUAAGAUGGCGCCACUUUUUGAUAUUUAACAAAUUUAACACAUAUCAGAGAAAAAAUAAGGAUCGAAGUCAAAUGGCGUUCUAAAAGUUUUAAUCAUGUGUUGAAAGAUGGCAGUAAAUAUACUGUGGCUACAACAUUUUCUUUGACAAUCCACCUUUAUUCCAAAUUAUGUUUGAUUUAUACCACGUCAGUGGCAGACCAGCCAACGGGCCGCCUGAUGGUAUGCAGUAAACGUAGCUACGGCUGCUUGCAACUCUACUACUUUUAUGAAGUUAUUCUUUUUAUAGCUAUGUCGUGGAUCUCCUUCAGUAUUUUAUUUUUAAUAUGGUUGCGAUAGAAUCGCGUAUAGCAUUCCGGAUUAAUAUAAGUGUAUUUUACAAUAAGGGCCUUUUUUGAGGUUACAAGAUCCCUUUUUCUACACGACACAUUGCGGUUUAAUGAGAGCUCUUAAGAGUUGUAAAGCAAAGUUUAUAUUAUUGAGUUUAAAUCAUUAACAAUACAAAAAUAGAAAUAUAUUUAUGCUCUUUGUAUAUUCACGUAAUAAAUACACGAUGUGUAAAAAAACUCACAAUGAUUUUA